CACGUCAACCACAACAUUUACAUCACAGAGGUGAAGACUGGAAAGUGCCUACAUUCCUUAGUGGGCCACCGUAGAACCCCCUGGUGCGUGACCUUUCACCCCACCAUCCCCGGCCUGGUGGCCUCCGGGUGCCUUGACGGCGAAGUCCGCAUCUGGGACCUGCAUGGCGGCAGCGAAAGCUGGUUUACAGAGAGCAAUGUUGCCAUCGCCUCCUUGGCCUUCCACCCGACCGCUCAGCUCCUCCUCAUCGCCACCAACAACGAGCUCCACUUCUGGGACUGGAGCCGACCGGAGCCCUUCGCCGUGGUCAAGACGGGCAGUGACACGGAGAGAGUCCGGCUCGUGCGGUUCGACCCUCUUGGUCACAACCUCCUGACGGCGAUCGUGAAUCCGUCCAAUCAGCAGAACGAGGAGGACUCGGAGGUUCCCAUGGACAGCGUGGAGAUGCCUCACUUCCGGCAGCGCUCCUUCCUGCCUUCGCAGCCCGUUCGCCGCACGCCCAUCCUCCACAACUUCCUCCACAUCUUGUCAUCUCGCUCCCCGGGGAAUCAGACGGGAGGCGACCAGCCGCGCCCUCUCGGUGACAGCGGAGGCGGUGUCGGAGAAUCUCCCAGCAUGCCUCUGGCGCAGUACCCCGGCUCAGAGCGCGGACCCCCGUUCCCGGGCUGCACCCAGCACCUGGGCAUGGCCUGUCUGUGUUAUCGCUGCUCCGUCAACCGUAACCCCUCCCUGGCUGCCGACGCGUCCCCCUCUGACCCCAGAGUGUCCUCCCACGCCCCCCAGCCCCCCCCAGCUUCCACCUUCUCCUCAGCCCGCACGGAGCCCCGACAGCCCUCCGAGCGACCCUCGGCCUUUACCUCAGUCUACUACAGCGCCGGCGCUUCUCUGAACCCGCCUGCGCCGGGCGGCAUUGAGCCGCUCUCCACCUCCAGGCCGGGGCCCGACUGGACACGCAACCUGCUGAGUAUGAGGGAUGGCGGCGUCGGCCCCGGCAUGCUGCCUCCCAGGACCUCCUCCUCCUCCAUCAGCCUCCUGUCAGUGCUCCGGCAGCAGGACGGCUCCUCCCACUCACCCGUCUACACCUCCGCCUCUGAGGGGCGGGGUUUCCCCCAGCAAGGAGAGCCCGGGGCCCGAGACGCAGCCGGCACCAGCAGCGGGCACCAUCCGUUCUGGGACGGCUCUCGCGGCAACACGGCGUCCUUCCGCAACGUGCUGCAGUGCAACCUCAGCCGCUACUUCAUGGAGUUCGACCGCAUGCAGGACCUGGAGCCUCCUCUGGGGGGCGGCAUGGCGGAGGGAGGCCAGGAGCAGAGCCAGGAGCUGCUGAACAAUAACAUGGACCCAGAGAGACCUGGGCCCUCCUCGUCCUCCUCCACCUCCUCCCCCACCAUCAUUCAUUACCAGCCUCCUCUCCCCCCGCCUCCCUCCUCCCACAACCUGGAGAACAACGUUCCUCCCCCGGCCUCCCGGGGCCACCUGAACCGCUGCCGGGCCUGUCACAACCUGCUGACCUUCAACCACGACUCCCAGCGCUGGGAGCGCACCAACCAGGCCUCCUCCACCUCCGCCUCCGCCCUGGAGCCCUCCUCUUCCUCCUCCUCCUUCCCUCCUUCCUCUUCUUCCCCGUGGCAGCCCGAGGAGGGCAGGAGGACACUAGAAGCCCAGCCCCAGGAGAGGAGGGCGCCUCCGGAGCCAGGUGAGCAGCCGCCUCCCCCUGGAGGUGGAGGUGCAGGAACAGUGGCCUUCCCAAUGGCGCCGUCGCCCGGGCAGGCCGGGGAGCAGACGGUGGGCCUGGUGUACAACCAGGACACGGCGCAGUGGGAGCGGGUGUACCGGCAGGCCGCUGCCGGCAGGUCGGCAGAGCCGGCCGAGGCCUUAAGCCAAGAAAUGCCUGUUGACCCCCCUGACGAGGACUCCCUGAGGAGGUAGGAUCCGUGUUUGUGACAGUGUGUUAC